UACAAACAGCAUAGUAUAGUUAUGUCUAAGGCUGUCUUGUUACCAAGAGCUGGAGGGAAACUGAUAGCCCAACACAGCAAAGAUGUCAGCAUCAAUACGGAGGGGGUGAAGAAGCUGGCAGCCAUGCUGCUGGAAAAAGCAAAGAAGAGGGAAUUCUUUAUUGGCAGUUGGCGAGAUCACACCCUGAAUCCUAAGACAUCAGAUGAGAAAGCUAUAAAUUGGAUUUUCCUAUGUGAUACUCUCAACUUUUCUUUCUGGUCCAAGGAUGAGAACAAUAAAUUCAUGGUUCGGUAUAAAGGCAAAGAGUACACAGGAUAUUGGUCCCUGUGUGCUGCAAUCAACAGAGCAAUAGACGAAGGCACACCAAUUACCGAUCCCAAUUACUACAGCAAAAUGACCAUGGACCAGUUAAAGCAUGUAAUGCGUUCAGACUCUGCACAACAAAUGCCUCUAUUGGAGGAAAGGCUUUGUGUGGUGCAUGAGGCAGGGAAGGUUUUGGUUGAAGUGGAUCCAGAGGAGUGGUUGGUGUCCCUGUGA